GUGCCCGCCGGCUCCCCUUCCAUUUCGCCCUUGCGCUCCCUUCGAAAAAGCUGCAUCGCCCGGUGCGGCACCAGCCGGCCGGCCCUGAUCCAAAGGAGGAGGAGGAAGAGAAGGAGGAGGCAUUAAAAGUUCUCUCUCACUCUCUUCCCCCCCCCCUCUCUCUGCUGCCUUCAGCCCAGGCAGCCUGGAAUCAAGAAGCCUCUCCUUGUGAAUUCUGCAACCUCUUGCAUCCUCCUGGUCGAUCCGGCACCGGCAGGUCCCCUUCCGUGAGUAAGGAAGCGCGGCUCCCUUCUGGAGAACAGAGACCACAAUGGCCUCCCUCCCGCUGCUGGUCCUCUCGACCUUCUUCGCCCAGCUUCUCUCCGCCGGAGCCUUCCAUUUCUCCCAGGAAAGCCCAGAUGACCUCAAAGCGCUGCGGGUCUCCAUCGCUAGACAUCCCCCCUUCCGGGCGGUGCUGGCGGGCACCCUCACCCUCCCCUGCCACGUCACCUACCUGCGCCCACUGCCCACCUCCAGCAGCGCCGGCCGCCGCGCCGUCCAGGGGGCGCCCCGGGUGAAGUGGACCUUCCUCUCCCAGGGCCGGGAAGCCGAGAUCCUGGUGGCCCGGGGCCUGAAGGUGAAGGUGAGCGAAGGCUACCGGGACCGAGUCUCCCUCCCUUUUUACCCGGAAUCCCCGACGGACGCCACCUUGGUCCUCACCGAACUUCGCUCCAACGACUCCGGGGUCUAUCGCUGUGACGUCCAGCAUGGGAUUGAGGAUGGGCAUGACUUGGUGGAGGUGAAGGUGAAAGGGGUCGUGUUCCUUUACCGAGAAGGCUCUGCUCGCUACGCCUACACCUUCGCUGAGGCUCAGGAGGCGUGCGCCAAGAUCGACGCCGAGAUUGCAACCCCAGAGCAGCUCUACGCAGCCUACCUCAGUGGCUUCGAGCAAUGCGACGCGGGGUGGAUUGCUGACCAAACUGUCAGGUACCCCAUACAGACCCCUCGGGAAGCCUGUUAUGGAGACAUGGAUGGGUUCCCAGGUGUGCGUAACUAUGGUGUGGUGGAUCCAGAAGAUAAAUAUGAUGUCUAUUGCUACGCUGAAGAAUUGUACGGUGAGCUCUUUGUGGUGACCUCCCCGGAGAAAUACACCUGGGCGGAGGCGAAAGCGGAGUGCCAGGCCCUGGGUGCCGACCUGGCCACCACCGGCCAGCUUUACGCCGCCUGGACCCACGGACUGGACCACUGCAACCCCGGCUGGCUGGCCGACGGCAGCGCCCGCUACCCCAUCGUCACCCCGAGGGAGAAGUGCGGUGGAAACGUGCCGGGCGUCAAGACCGUCUUCCUCUUUCGCAACCAGACCGGCUUCCCCGACCCUCAGAGCAAAUUCGACGUCUACUGCUUCCAAGAAGAGAGCAGCCCCUUCUCUGUGCCUCCCGGUCCCGGGACAGAGAGCAGCAGCGCCAGCCGCAGGAGCAGCCAGGAGAUUGUGACUGUGACCGAGCAGAUGGAGGAGCUGCGGCUGCCCCAGGCGGAGCGCCAGGCGCCGAAGGAGUCCCGGGGGGCCAUUUAUGCCGUGCCGGUUCUCCAGGAGCCCCCCGAGGUGCAGCAGCAGCUGCCCAGCCAUGCCCCGGAAGAGGCAGCCCCCCCGCAAGGAGGGCCUGAGCCAGGGCCCCCCCGUGGCUGCGCUGCUGGGGAGGAGGAGGAAGGGGGGGAAGGAGGACGAGGGGCCGGGUGCCCAGAGAGACCCAGGCCGGGGGAAGAGCCGGGGCUUGUUGAGGAGGAGACCCUGAGCACCGAGGAAGACCACGCGCUGGACCUCCUCCAGCAGGGAGGAGGAGAGGAGUCCCAGGAGGAGGAGGAGGAGGAGGAGGAGGAAGAGGAGGAAGAGGAAGGGGGCUUGCCUGGAGGGUCAGACACAGCGCCGGAGGCGUCUGUACCCACAGAGAGGAGCACACUUUCUCCAGCGUGGUCGGAAACCUCGUCGGAUCCUGGCAGCAUCUCUGAAGAUGCAGAAGAGACCAAGCCCAGUGGUUUCCAUGGCUCUGCAGAACCGGAUGUGGUGCCUCCCGAGGAGCACAGGGGAGAAGACGUUGCUGAAUCUGGACCCCUGGAUGAACACGGAGAGGGAAGAGGAGAGGAGAGCUCCAGCCGAGAGGUCCCUCAGGAUCUCCCCUCGGCAACCUCCGAGAUCGGCGCUCAGAGGGAGACGGACCCCCUGGAGCAGGUUGCCCGGAAUGCCAGUGUUCUCCUUGCCCGCCCUGGGGAAGGGGGCACCCCUCGCCCGCCUGAGGGUUCAGGGCUGCCUCCCCGAGCCUCGACGGCUGGGCCCACCACAGGGUGGAGAGACGAGCAGCCCACGGAAGGCACCCCGUGGCCCAGUCGCCCCAGUGAAUCGAGGGACCCUGAGUUUUCAGGAUCUGAGCCUCCCGAGACGACGACCACGCCAGCUGCCGGGACGGGAGCGCUUGUGGUCUCCCUUCCCGAGUCCCUGGGCACGUCCUCGGCGGCUGUUCUCUUGGAGGAGGGUGAGGACCAUUCCGGGUCUGUGUGGUUGGCGCCCGUGGGUGCCAAUGGAGAUGGCACAUCCAGUCCCGAGGAGGCCAGGGUGGACUCGGUGGGCCUCCACCCUUACGGUGCAGAGCCCAAGGAAGCCGCUCAGCCACACAGCGGGAGCACCCUGGCCGGCCCCGUCACCGAGGACUCAGAUGAGCAAAGGGCGAGUGCCGUGACCCCCCCGGGGCCUGCAGGAAGCGAAGAGGAGCUCGGUGGGGGACGGGAAGCAGGGGCCACCUCUCCCGCUGGGGACCCCGCCAGAGACUUGCCCGGCUUGGACUUCAUGAGUCCUCCGUUCACGGCACCCGCCUUGACCACCGCCCACCCGCUGCCGGUCUUGCCCACCGAGAGAGCCAGCCUGGGAGCAGGCGGGAACGUUUCAGGCGAUUGCAUUCCUGACCCUUGUCGGAAUGGCGGCACAUGCACCGAAGAAGGGGGGCACAUCCAGUGCCUCUGCCUGCCGGGAUAUGGGGGGGACCUGUGUGAGAUCGGAAGACGGUACAACCACCCGGGAUGGGACGGUUUCCAAGGGUUCUGCUACAAGCAUUUCUCCACCCGCCGGAGCUGGGAGGAGGCCGAGACCCAAUGCAGGGACCAGGGGGGCCACCUGGCCAGCAUCAUGACCCCCGAAGAGCAGAGUUUCCUCAACGACCACUACAAGGAGUACCAGUGGAUCGGACUGAACGACCGCACCAUCGAGGGCGAUUUCCAGUGGUCCGAUGGGAAUCCCGUGCUGUACGAGAACUGGCAUCCGGGUCAGCCGGACAGCUAUUUCCUGUCUGGAGAAAACUGCGUGGUGAUUGUCUGGCAUGACGAAGGGAAGUGGAGUGACGUCCCCUGCAACUACCACCUCUCCUACACCUGCAAAAUGGGGCUGGUUUCUUGCGGCUUGCCCCCAGAGGUGGACCAUGCCCAGAUGUUUGGCAGACCAAAGCAGCGCUACGAAAUCAAUUCGGUCAUCCGAUACCGGUGCCUGGACGGAUUCCUUCUGCGUCACUCGCCCGUCCUCCGCUGUCAGGAGACUGGCCGGUGGGAACAGCCUCAGUUCACCUGCACUCCAAACAGGACAACCCGAGGACUGAAGACGUGGGCCGAGACUCUCCCUCGUCACAACGGCAGCAGGAGCAAUUUUGUAUAAAUCAGCACGGAAAACCAACAGGAAACAACAAUUGGUGCCUUUCUCUUCCCUGUCCUUCUUUAUUAUUAUUAUUGUUAUUUUUAUUGUUAUUUUUAUUAUGUGUAUAUGCAUAUAUAUAAAGAAAUUCUAAUGACUAAGUAUUUCUGUUAAAAGCACUCCUUAAUGACAAGAUAAAUAUACAACUUUUUACUUUACACAAAGAGCAUACCUUUUUUCACCCCAAAAAUCGUGGCACUGGUAGGAUCGGAAUCGAUCCAGGCGGAGUAUUUUUAUAUCUUUGGACUCUUCUGCUUGUUCUUUGCCCUGAGACUUCUUGAGACAGAAAGAGAAGGAGAGCAAAAGAGAGCUUAGAGUUGAAAAGUAACUUUAGUUACCCAUGACUUUUUGGUAUGAUGUGGAUGUAGCAAAGUUGCUCACUGGAAGGAAAAGACGAUAAUGCUUGGAGAGGCUGAAGGCAGCUAGAAAAGAGGAAGACCCAAUACAAGAUGGAUAGACUCCCGAAAUUGCCAUUUGCAAGAGCUGAGCAGGGCUGUUGAGGACGGGACCUUUUGGAGGUGGCUCCUUCAUAGGGUUGACAUAAGUCACAGGCAACUAGAUGAAUGGGACAGUGCAAAAUGAAACAAGAGAUAGUGCUGGAAGAUGAGACUCUCAGGGUGGGGAAAGGUAAGGGGUAUUUUGGAGAUGGCUCCUUCACAGGGUUGCCAUAAGCCAGAGGGGACUUGAUGGCACAGAACAACAUCGUAUUUACAUUGCUGACAGAAAUAAGAAGCAGUCAUAAAGUUACUUUAUUGACAUAGCAAAUAAUGUUUCCUAGUUACUUCCCAGU